GAUGAGGUAGAGCGCCAGGACAGUCGCGAGGCCAUUUUCGAAAGAAGCGGACCCGGGCGCGUGGCUCUCAGGCUGAGCGGUCUGAAGUGAGAGGUUGAGGCCGGGAGGAAGAAGCAACGGCGUCGUCGUCGGCGGCUGGCCGGCGAGCCCCUGGCCUGCGGCCAGGCCUGCGACUCGGCCAGAGCUGCCCGGCAGAGGGAUCAGGCCAGCAGGGCAAGAAGGCCGAUAUUGGUGAGAAAAUGUCUGGCAGCAAUGACUGGUUUCAGAGUUCCCGGGUCCCUAGCUUUGCUCAGAUGCUGAAGAAGAACUUGCCAGUUCAGACAUCAGCCCAGACAGUAACUACACCCACAGGAUAUUCCUCGGAAAGUUACAGCAUGUCGAACAUGGCAUCCAAGGUUACACAAGUGACGGGUAAUUUUCCAGAACCAUUGCUUUCCAAAGGUCUUUCAUCGAUUUCAAAUCCUGUCCUUCCUCCGAAAAAAAUACCAAAGGAAUUUAUAAUGAAAUACAAACGUGGAGAGAUAAAUCCUGUAUCAGCCUUGCACCAGUUUGCACAGAUGCAGCGGGUUCAGCUUGACCUUAAGGAAACAGUAACAACAGGUAAUGUUAUGGGACCAUAUUUUGCUUUUUGUGCUGUGGUUGAUGGAAUUCAAUACAAGACUGGACUGGGACAAAAUAAAAAGGAGUCUAGAUCCAAUGCAGCAAAAUUAGCUCUUGAUGAGCUUCUACAGUUGGAUGAACCUGAACCAAGGAUUUCAGAAACAUCAGGUCCUCCUCCUAUCCCUGCAGAACCUAUUGUUUCACCUGAACCAGUAUAUGUUUCAAAAGUACAUUAUGAAGGGAGACAUAUUCAGUUUGCAAAGAUUUCACAGAUUGUUAAAGAAACAUUUAAUCAACUAAUUUCUAAUCAUUCAGAGUACCUGAAAUGUAGCAACUCAUUAGCUGCUUUUGUAAUUGAAAGAGCUGGACAGCAUGAAGUUGUAGCUAUAGGCACAGGUGAAUACAAUUACAGUCAGUGUAUUAAGCUGAAUGGAAGAGUGUUGCAUGAUACUCAUGCUGUUGUUACAGCAAGGAGGUCUCUCCUUAGGUACUUUUAUAGACAACUUCUACUCUUCUACAGCAAAAAUCCUGCUAUGAUGGAAAAAUCAAUAUUUUGUACAGAACCUGCCUCUAAUCUACUCACUCUCAAGCAGAAUAUCAACAUUUACCUCUAUAUGAACCAGGUGCCUAAAGGAUCAGCCCAAAUUAAGUCACAAUUACGUCUUAAUCCACAUUCUGUAUCUGCAUUUGAAGCCAAUGAAGAACUGAGUCUCCACGUGGCUGUUGAAGGCAAAAUUUAUCUGACUGUCUACUGUCCUACAGAUGUUGUUAAUAGAAUAAGCAGUAUGUCCUCAAGUGACAAAUUGACAAGAUGGGAAGUGCUUGGUGUGCAGGGAGCAUUGCUGAGUCACUUUAUACAACCAGUUUAUAUCAACAGUAUGCUUGUUGGUGAUGGGAAUUGCAGUGAUACCAGAGGCUUAGAAAUUGCUAUAAAGCAACGUGUUGAUGAUGCACUCACUUCAAAACUUCCAAUGUUUUACUUGGUGAACAGACCUCAUAUUAGUUUAGUACCUUCUGCGUAUCAAUUGCAAACAAACUUGGAAUAUAAAUCCCUGAGUGUGAAUUGGGCACAAGGGGACAUUUCUUUGGAGAUUGUGGAUGGCCUAAGUGGAAAGAUCACUGAAAGUUCCCCAUUUAAAAGUGGUGUGUCAAUGGCAAGUCGGCUUUGUAAGGCUGCAAUGCUAAGUCGAUUUAACCUGCUUGCCAAAGAAGCUAAAAAAGAAGAUUUACUUGAAGCUAGUUCAUAUCAUGCAGCUAAGCAUAUGUCUGGAUCCUAUCAAGAAGCUAAAACUUUGUUGAAAUCCUACUUACAGCAACAUGGCUAUGGCUCCUGGAUUGUGAAAUCUCCCUGUAUAGAGCAAUUUAAUGGAUGAAAAAAUAGAGCCAUGAAUCUCUCACAUCACCUGAGUUCCUUGUAUAUUUCACACUUCCUAUGCGUUUAAAAAUACUUACGUCCUGAA